AGAUAGCUAGAAAUACAGAUAGUCUCUAGGAUAUAAUGAUUUAAAUGUUUUCCCUCUUUAUUUUAAAGCAUCUCGCUCAGUUACACACCCACAUUACACACACUCGUCGUGAGCGCGCACCACUCAGUCUGCAAACUUUGGCUCGCUGACUUUUACAGCGCGGCAGAGGCGUCAGAUAGGAACUAGUAAACUAUGCGGGAUAUUUCUCUGUGACUGAAUAGAAUUUAUUUACUCCACGGCGAGACGUCUUGGCGACAAGUUCGGCGCCUGCGAUCUGAGGUUUGACCGUGAACGGAGCUAUAUUACCCUCCACCUGCGCUCCAUUGUUUGGAGUUUUGCUGUCGGUAUCUGCGGGCGCGUAACUUUCAGAAGAACACAAACACUUUUGGAUUUUGGGCCACUUUGGCACAAGACGGGAUAUCGUGUGCAUAGCAGUCGACAAGUGGCUCUUGGAGGAGGGAGAUUAUAAAAGCCUGAAGUUGGAAAGUUAGUUUUGACUAAAGCAAAUUCUGGCGACAUAUUUUAAGUAGCUUAAUCUUCGUUAACUUGAGCCACUGGCAGGUGAAGAGGGCAUUUAGCCUACUGAGUUGUUUAAAGGGUCUAUGAGUUUGCUAUCACCAUGAGAGGACCAGUGGUUUUCCAGAUGUGGAUGAUUUUAUUGUUGGGGACCAUAGCCGGAGUCGGGAGGGCUCAGGUCUCCACCGUCAAAGUGAUAAGGGGCAACUCCAGGAGAGACGACUUGUUCCGCAAAGAGGAAAACGCCACAGUAACGCCAUCAGGUGGAGUCAUCCACAGCCCACGCUACCCCAACUCUUACCCCCGGAAUCUGCUGUUGUCAUGGAAACUGCUGUCACCACCAGGGAGUCGCAUUCACCUGGAGUUUGAUGGACACUUUGGCUUGGAGGAGGCUGAGAAUGGAGUGUGCAGGUAUGACUUUGUUGAAGUGGAGGACCAAUCAGAGACCAGCACUAUAAUUUGGGGUCGCUGGUGUGGGCAGAAGGCACCAUCUAGCCUCAACUCCAAAACCAACACUCUCAGAGUGACCUUCAAGUCUGAUGAUUACUUUGUUGCAAAGCCGGGAUUCAAGGUCUACUACUCACUGCUGUAUGACUCUCCUCUGCCUGCAUCCAAUACCAACUGGGAGGCUGUCACUCUGCCCAUGUCGAACACUGGUGGAGGGCAGGUGCCAGUGGCAGUCACAGAGGUUCCUUUGUCAUUGGAAGAUCUGGACCGGACCAUAGCUGCCUUUGACACUGUAGAACAGCUUCUGAGAUCCCUGAGCCCAGACACCUGGAAGCAGGACCUGGACAGCAUCUACACUCAAACACACAUACAUUAUAGAUCCAGGGCCUAUCAUCUGGCAAGCAGACAUAAUAAAAUUGAUCUGAACCGUCUCAAUGACGACGUCAAGCGGUACAGCUGUACUCCUCGCAACUACUCUGUAAACCUGCGCGAGGAGCUGAGGGCCACCAACGCCGUCUUCUUCCCUCGAUGUCUGCUGGUCAAGCGCUGUGGAGGCAACUGUGGCUGCGGAACCAAUAACUGGAACAGCGGCUGUACCUGUCAAGCCUCCAAGACCACACUCAAACUACAUGAGGUGCUGAAGUACGCCCCAGAGGUCACUCUGCAUCAGCGCUUUCGGAAGCCACGGGUGCAAUGGGUCAUAGAUGAGAUCUUCCUCACACACCAUGAAAAAUGCCAGUGUGUGUGUCCCUCCCAGCCCCCACGCUGAGACACUCAGACUGGCACACGCAUCUGGAAGUAUUGGACAGACUUCAUAUAAUAAAUAACAGCAACGCAGACACACAUGCGGCAAAGAAGGCAACAAUUUGACUGGCAAACUGCAGCUCCUAUCAUACAUAAUGACAUUUGUUCUUGUAAGUAAACCACCUGGCUCCCUUUGUACACAAUGCAUACAUCUUUCUGGCCAAACAUGUUUGUUAUUGAACUUUAAUGUAAGUUGAUCUAGUCUAAAUCUACCAUGUUUACACCACAUUUAAACAUUAAUUGUGCACCAAACAGUGGCUCUUCUCCAGAGGAAUUCACUUUCAAUUUAAUCAAAAAGUUUUUUACCUCCAAAAUCUAAAUACUGAAAAAAAAAUUUAGAAUAAAAAAAAUGACCAUACCACAUUAGAAUGAAACAACACCAAUAUUGUAUCAAACUUGAAAGAGUUUAAUGGAUGCCAACUUGAUUGGAGUGAAGUUUAAUUGACUCCAACCGCUGUGUAAACAAUUGUUUUUAUUCCUAUUUCUUGUGUAUGUAUUUGAGUUUCUUUGUGUUAUAUUAGGACUGUUUCUAAAAAAAAAAAAAAAAACCUUCAGGCACUUCUUCCGCCAGGAGCAUGCUGAGAUGAGGGAGCACGAGACAGGAGGAGCGAGAGAGAGGGGUUGGAGGAAGUGUUAAUCAAAAUAACACUUUAUCUUGAUGUGAAAUUACGCUAACCUCAACCCUCCCUGCCCUCUCACACACAUACCUAAAAUAAAAACUAGUUAUUUACUGAAUUUUCCGCUGCUCUGUUUUUCAGCGAAGCCCCUUUUGUUCUGUACACAUUCCUGUCUGCAUGUAUUCUCGCUUCCUUUCGUCUUUCCAUCCGUACACUUCCUGCUCCUUUUCUUUCCUCCUCACUGACUCUCCCUCUCUCUCUCCCUUCGUCACUCACUCUCUUAAUACAUCAAAGGAGACGUGAGAUCAGGCCGCUGCGCUCUGCCCAGUUUUCUGAGCGUUCCUGGCAUUCCAACUGCUAACAGGAAUUCUGCUGCUGCAGAUAAAACCGCGAUCCUCAGUCCCUGAAAACACAUAAGAGGAAAGGGGGAGAGAUACUUCAGGAUGAGAGACGGAGAGGUUUUUAGGAGAGGUGACUGACAGAAAAGGGACAAUCAAGCCGCCUAUUUGUAGAUUAGCACUGCUCCUGGAUGAGAGCCACUUUCAAGAUACAACCCGUGAAAGAUUGCAGCAGCUUCAGCAAUUUCAAUCAGCACAUUCAUGCUUUCAGCUCGCCUGAUUUUUUGUGCUUCAUGAAGAUGCUCAUACGUAUCAUAAUCUGACCUACUAUUUUGCACACCAGUGAAAAAGAGAUCUGUGGGAAUUAGAGUAAUGUUCUUGGUCUCUACUGAAAAUACAACUGAUACUUUAGUGUGUGUGUGUGUGUGUGUGUGUGUGUGUGUGUGUGUGUGUGUGUGUGUGUGUGUGUUUUUGCCUGUAACAGCUCAGGAAGAGGUCCUUUUGUUUAAGGGGUGGAGGGUUACCAACAGUCUGUGAGAGCUGGCAGCAGAUACAAGCAUGUGAACAGUCGACAUGUGACUGCAUGCAAGAGUGUGUGUGACUGCGUGCAAGAGUGUGUGUGUGUGGUGUGUGGAUAGAGUAUUCAAAGCAACAGAGCAUGAAUUUAUACUAACUGCUUAUCAUUUCCAUACACACACGACCCAGCUGCGAGAAAUAAGGACACUGUCAUCUCUCCAUCAUGACCGCCCCUCCUCCCCAUGUGUCCCACCAUCGCAGGCCCUAGUUUUACAGGCUAGAUUUAUACAGAGAAAAUGGGAUUUUACACACUACUUUUGUUCUAAAGGCAGACAAAAACAGAAUAAACCGGACAUUGACACGAUUCCUCAGUCACAGUGAAACCAGAUCAUCUGUGUUCUGGCAUAGGUUGUGUGUGCGCAUGUGUGUACCGUGAGUCAAGGGUGUUAUUUGGCAGGUGUGGAAUUCAAAACACAACCGGACACACACAAAAGUGUGGUCCGGUUGUGCGGUACUGACAUUCCAAGUAAUUUAUCACAGACACCAUCCACACACAUACAGACAGUUGUCUUUGGCAGUAGUUCGUCUAAGAAAGCAGCCGCACUGUGCUGUCAAGCUUUUGUCUUCUGGUCUCUUGCAAAGUAUGCUCUCAUUCCUGUGUGCUGCAUUUUGAAACACAAAGAUAUACACUAAGCUCAUACAGAGUUGGCGAUUUGAUUGAAUUUCACAAAGGACGGUUGGCAGGUAAAUUACCCCUUUUUAUUUUCAGUAGCAAACGAGCCAGAUGGUGAUUAGGUAACGUGUCAUUUCCAAGAUGCUUUGCUGCAAAGUGUGUAGUUACUGUACCCAUGAUUUUGUCAGAGCUUGUAUGAAAUCUGCUGCCAACAGGAUAUGUAUAGCAAAUGUAUGUAUUGUAAAUGUAUGUGAGGGGGGUGUGUGUGUGCGUGCACGUGUGUGCAUCCUGUGUCUGCCAGUUUGCUGGUGUUAUCAGCACAUUCCAUUGUUGCAUGCUCCAAAGUGACAUUCCUCUUUUUCCUCAUGACUGGUUUGUUUUCUCCUCCAAUUCUUUACAAUAGAAUGCUACAUUUCACCGUCAGACAUUUAAAACUGAUGUUUGGAUUUUUUUUGUUGGUUUAGUCACAUCAACUGCUGUACGAGCACAAAAAAACCCCACACAUUAGACCUUUGAGGAAAUUUCGGACAAUCAUGCUUUCAAUAAGAUUUGGUCCAGAGUUUCAGCUUCCCCUCUGAGGAUUGUGGGGAUUGUCAUAUUUUCAACUCAGAGAAAAGUUGUUGGUUUUAGCAAAGCCCUGCUUUGCCGAAUUCAGAAAAAUAUUCAUGAUAAAACUGUAUGCUUUACUUAAAUAAUUUAUUGUGUCUUUCUCUAUAGUUUUAUUGAAAAUAUCAGCAGAUUGGUCUUGAUAAAUAAAGUGUUCCUAUCA